AUGCAUACCGGAAGGAUUGAAGACCAUCAGUUUUUGUCUACACUACAGGAUAAACCUGCCACGAAUAUGCAAGUCCGUCUGCAUGCUCGGAAUACCUUCGCGGUAGUCAUUGGUAUCGGAUUUCUCUACCUCGCAUAUCUGAUAUUUUUCAAAGCUGGUGAUGGCUUUCCAGAGAUAGAUGUAGAUCUUAGUAGUGUUGUAAGUUAUGCAACGCUAGCAGUUGAAAUGGGUGGUUAUGCAGUCCGCAAGAUUCACGAUGAGAACAUGUUGAAUAUUGCUCAAAAAGGACUAACAGAUGAGGGGAAGGCGGAGCUGUUAACUAAAGCAGAUCUAGUGUCUAACUUUCUUAUACUGGACGUUUUGCAGCGAUUUCCACGAUUGAAGGUAGUAACCGAAGAAAAGGAUACGUCUAUCAGUGAAAAAGACGCUGCACCUUAUCGUGCUGAUUCUUAUUCGGUAUGGUUGUCGAUUCGCGACAUCUUGGACAAAAUUCCAUCCUAUCGUCUGACGCUCUCUGACGUUCAGAUGUACGUAGAUCCGCUAGACGCAACGCAAGAGUAUACAGAGGGCCUAACCGAAUAUGUAACGGUAAUGGCGUGUAUCACGGUCAAGGAUGAACCCAUAUUUGGCGCGAUAUUUAGGCCAUUCACCAAUGAAACUAUUUUUGGAGUGAAAGGCUGGGGAGUGAUGACAUCGUCUGGUGAGAAAAUUCACCCCAAACUUCCCGCUGAAACCAUAACAAAGAUCGUUGUUUCAAGAUCCCACGCUGGUGAUGUUGAAAAGUUGGCACAAGAAUCUUUUGGAGAUCGUUUUAAAGUAGAGCCAGCCGGUGGUAGUGGUUACAAGACACUCCGAUUGGUUAAUGGGACAGCUGAACUGUACAUUCAUCAAACAGCUAUAAAGAAAUGGGACACAUGUGCGGGGGAUGCUAUACUUCGUGCAAUGGGAGGUGCUAUGCUUGAUUUGGAGGGAACUCCACUGCAAUAUGGACCGAAUUCACCUACUGUUAAUAAGAAAGGACUUGUGGCGUCAGUGUGGACUCCAUACACCUACGCGCAGGAGAUCAUACCUCAUUCUUGUUAUCUCAUGAGUAAUGCCUGCUUUCGGGUACCGUAUACGGCGCCAGAGUGGAAUCGCGUACGUACGUUAUUCCAGAGUGAAGAUGUUGACGAACUGAAAGAAUGUUUAGCAAUCCUCUCAAUGUGGCGAAGCAGGAUGGGCAACAGUAUACCGGUGGCCAUAUCGUGCUCAGACUUGAUAAUCCGUCUGGCAAUAGCUGAGCUGCAGGUUGUAGGUGAAGAAAAUAAGUGGAUGAAAAUGGAAGAGCUGAAAAUGCAACACUGCAUUGCUAUCAUUAGAUUCAUCAAUUAUGUCAAUGAAAUUUGCCAAAAUCAAAAUCAGCGACAAACAUCCAUAAUUAAAGCUGUCCAGCAUCUUGGCAUUCCAUCAUGGUUGGUGGAAAUCCGACACAACGCGUCACAUUCCCACGUGCCUCCGAUAGGAACACUUCGAAAGGCUUUCCAAUUCUGCCGCCAAUGGCUAUGGGACAAUUUUUGGAGUCGACAACCGUACGAAGCGAUGCGCUCAGCUGGAGCUGUAGAUAAGAGAAACGAUGUGGUAGCUGCUGAAGCUGAAUUGAGGGAUUUGAGAAUACACAACGCGAUCGUGGCUUAUGCACUGUGGAGAAAUGUUAAUAAUGAUGAAUCAAAUGAUGGAAUGGGAGAACGACCGGUAGUGGAACUACUACGAUUUGUCAUGCAACAACCCUUCGAUUUUCUCAAAAUGUUUGUAUCGGAUGGUUUCCUGAUUAUGACAGACUCACAGCUGAAGCGAGCCGAUUUCAAAGUGAGCAUAGGCUGGAGUAUACCACUAUCGUUGCAAUUAUAUUGGAAACCAGUGUUUAUUAUGAUCUAUGAAGCAAAAGUGGUGAAUGAACUGCUGAUUAAUUUACUCAACCGGUUAUCCUCGAACGAAAAUGCUCCACAGAUUGAGUUCCAGCUUGUGGCAUGGACAAAGUUCUUCUUGGAGCCUUGUAUCCAAACCGAAAACGACGUGAUUACACAAUCGGAUUGGUCAAGAAUUUUGCAUAAAAUGGUAGCGGCAACUGGCCACUUUGACGCGCCUAUUGUUGAGUCGGUCAUGGCAAAAGUGCCAAAUUUAAGUGAGAAACGCCGUCGUCAAGUGCGUAGAAUCAUGGAUAUAACACUGUCUGAAUCGUUGUGUGCGGUCGAUGAUUCAAUGAGCGUUCGAACUUUGGAGGAUUUACAGCGGCUGAUCAGGAAAGACAGAGAAAAUGUGUCCAGCUCGGGCACUACAUCAACUAACAGAUUUACAUUGUGUGAUGGCGAAGAGUGGUGUUCAGUACCAUUGGGGCUACUCCCCGGUGCCUCUGUGGACACUUUAUCACUUAUACUCGAUGAUGAUUGGUUCUUAGCUCAAAAGCGACACACAAGUGAAAAUCUUGAUCUCAGUGUGAUUGAGGAGGAGCAUUGACGCUAUCCUCGUUGUUAUGCUCUAGGUUGC